UUGAUUCGACACAUUCCGCACUUAGGCCUAGCCUAUAAUGUUUUCUUCUUCAGAAAUCAAUAAAAUUGAAUCUGGUGUAGCACUAUAGGCCCAAAAUAUUGAUGCUCAACGGAGUUAUUCAUUUUAUCCUUUUUUUCCCGUCUAGAUCUAGGCCUACUCCUAUAUCGAAAAAGAAUUCGACUCAGAAUGCCCUGCUCUUUAUUAUUACAAUUAUUUGUUUAAUAUAGGGCCUAGGCCUAAGUUGUCAUUAUUUUUAUCAUGAUUUGUGACCAGACUCAGAAUUUCACGUGCCGGAUAUUUGCCGUUAGAUGUGUGCAUGCAUUUUGACGCCAAUGGAAAACAAAUUUGUAUCUAAACAGUUAGAUGACCCCCUAUUUUAUUACCCGAUCGAGAGCUAUUUUGUACAUAGUUAUGUAAUGCUGCACAGCAAAUUAGCUAGCGCAUACGCGAUACGUACGUACCCAAAUCAGGGCACACACGUGCGCUCGAUGCCCAUAGCAAUGCCACCGCAAUUCAUUGGAUGAAAGUUCACGCUUCCACCAUGACGUUAUCAUUGUGUGCUUAUUGUAAUGCUAAUCAGGAUCCAGGGUCUUUAGGCGAUUUAGAGUCAUUCCUGCCAUCACAAUUUAAACAUGAGGUUUGUAGCUACGAGACACUUGGUGGGGAGAGCAACUUCGAAUGUAUGCUGAGAAUGAAAGUAAAUAAUCAGGAUGAGGUUCAAACCUGGUUGGAAGCUUUCAAAAGCAGAACUGAUUCAGUGACUUGGAGGCUGGCAAGAACAUAUCCAGACGCUGGUCGUUUCAACAGUUACAGGGUUGACUUGCGAUGCCAGCACAAUACCAGACACACAUCCAAACCUGGAAAGAGAACCAAAGAUACCAAGUGCCCUGCCACAAUGUCCCUUGUUCUGAAACGGUCCAUUAAAUAUUCCAGGUCCAAAAAUCCUCACAUCACGGCAGGACUUCUGUUCACUGUUACCUUGAGGUUUGAACACAACCAUCCCCUCUCUUGCGCCAAUGCUGUUAGGAGGAAAGACGUUUCUGAAGCCACCGUUGCCAAGCUGAAAACCUUGUUCGAAAAUGGACACUCUCCCUCUUCGGCGCUUGAUACGAUGAAGCAUGACCUCCAGGAGGUGCACGGAGACCAGUACGUCUUUGUUUCUGCAGACCGCUCUAUCUGCCCAGACCUUCAUUUUUGCUACAGGCAAGUCAUCAAAGCUAGUACAUAGAUCAAUCUUAAGAAAUCUUACAAGAUUUAAAACCUCAAAAUUAGGAGUAGGGCCUAUACAUGCAAUAUUUUUAUACCUCCGCCACCGAAGGUGGUGCCGAAGGCAUCAUGAUGUAAUAGUAUUAGGGUUGUCCGUCCGUCCUGCUUCCCUGUUACCGCGAUAUCUCAAGAACCACUUGAGAUAUAAACUGCAAACUUGAUGAGAUCACUACAGCAAGACAAUCUGAUUAGAUCUUCAGAGUAAUUAGGUCAAAGGUCACAUGGGCCAAUUUCUGAAAUUAUUGGUUUCUAUCUUUUCUCGUUGUUUUUACCCUUCUACCAUCUCCUCUUUCUAUCUUUCCUCGUUGUUUUUACCCUUCUACCAUCUCCUCUCAUUGCUUUUACCCUUCUACCAUCUCCUCUUUAUAUCUUUCCUCUUUGUUUUUACCCUUCUUUCAUCUCCUCUU